CGUCCUCCCCCCGUGUCCGUCUGUCCUUCCUCCGCCCCCCCCGCCGUGUCCGUCUGUCCCCCCCGUGUCCGUCUGUCCGUCCCGAUGGCGCCCCCGGCCCGCGGGGCAGCGACGACGCCGUGAGCGGUUCCCAGGAUGAGCUCGUGCAGCUCGCGGGCGCUGACGCUGCUGAGCAGCGUGUUCGGGGCCUGCGGGCUGCUCCUGGUGGGCAUCGCGGUCUCCACCGAUUAUUGGCUCUACAUGGAGGAGGGCGUGGUGUCCCCGCAGAACCAGAGCACCGAGGUGCGCAUGGCGCUGCACGCCGGCCUCUGGCGCGUCUGCUUCUUCGCAGGGCGGGAGAAGGGGCGCUGCGUGGCCUCCGAAUAUUUCCUGGAGCCGGAGCUGAACUUGGUCACCGAAAACACCGAAAAUAUUCUCAAGACGGUGAGGACGGCCACGCCCUUCCCCAUGGUCAGCCUCUUCCUCGUCUUCACCGCCUUCGUCAUCAGCAACGUGGGGCACAUCCGGCCCCAGAGGACCCUGCUGGCCUUCGUCUCGGGCAUCUUCUUCAUCCUCUCGGGGCUGUCUCUGGUGGUGGGCUUGGUUCUCUACAUCUCCAGCAUCAACGACGAGGUGAUGAACCGGCCCGGCGGCUCCGAGCAAUAUUUCCAGUACCGCUACGGGUGGAGCUUCGCCUUCGCCGCCUCCUCCUUCCUCCUCAAAGAGGGCGCAGGUGUGAUGUCGGUGUACUCAG